AUGGCUUCUCACUUUGAUGUAGUUGUUGUUGGUGCUGGAAUUUUUGGAUCAUGCACUGCAUACCAUUGCCAGAAACUUGGAUUACGUACUUUACUUCUUGAGCAGUUCUCACUAGGCCAUUCCAAAGGAAGCUCUCACGGAAAAAGCCGAAUCAUUCGCUAUGCACACACCGAUCCGGAAUAUGUUCCACUUGUUGGAGACUCAUAUUCUCAAAUUGCAAAGCUGGAGAAGAAACGAAAUGAAAAACUUUGGAAUAAACUUGGAUUAUUAUGGACUGCUACUGGAAAUCAAGUCAAUUCGAUAUCCGGUCAUUUGAAGAAACAUAACAUUGAUCAUUCAGUAGUGACCGGAUCUGAGAUUUCCAAACAUUACCCACAAUUCAAGUUUGAUGAUAGUUGGACAGGGUUGAUUGAUCCUAUGGGUGGAGUGAUCUAUGCCGAUAAAUGGCUCAGCGCUUUUCAGGAAGAGUUCAAAACUCUUGGUGGUACGAUUCAUGAAAACGAGUUGUUCGUUAGUCACGAGGAAAAAAAUGGCGCCGAAAUUACUGUCACUACUAAAGUCUGUUCAUACACGACUAACAAGCUAAUCUAUACUGUCGGAUGUUGGAUCACUAAGCUAUUCCCAAACAUUAAUUUUGAGAUCAAGCCAACUAGCCUAGCUGUGUGUUACUGGAAACCAAAGGAAAAGAAGGAUAGUCAUCUUGUAAAUGAAGAGCACAUGCCUGUAUUGAUAGUAAAAGAUCUAGAAAAACAUGAAGAAUAUCUGGGAUUACCAGAUGUUGAUUAUCCGGGACAUCUGAAAUUCCUCACCGAUGAUGGAGAUGCUCUUAGGGGGGACUUGAACCAUCCGGAUGAACAAUCUGGAGAACUUAUCAAUCUUCCUGCCAAGUUUAUCAAAGAGCACAUGCCAAUAAUUGAUGGAUCAAAACCAUACAAAGUAGACAAGUGCAAAUAUACGUGCUCCCCGGAUCAUCAUUAUGUAAUUGGCCCAAUUUCUCCCAACCAUCCUAAUGUUUUAGUCGGUGGAUGUGGAUCAGGAUCUGGAUUUAAAGUGGCUCCUGGAAUCGGAAGAGCUCUUGCAGAAAUGGCUGCUGGAAAGGAAAAAACAACGGUGGACGUCUCACUUUUCUCGCCAAGAAGAUUCGACAAAAUUUAG